CAUAUAUGCAUUCGGAAAAUUAGUGGGGAACACAAUCACCAACUUUGAAUGGAACGACAACGACGAAUAUAACAACUUGUAUGCACAGGUGAAUGCUCAUAAACAGCAAAAUCCUAAACUGAAAACAUUGCUGGCAAUGGGGGGAUGGACAGCCGGAAGUCUAAUUUACUCAAACAUGGCAUCGACAGCGCAAAAUCGGAAAGAGUUCAUUGAUUCUUCUAUUGCGUGGUUACGAAAAUACAACUUUGAUGGUCUCGAUAUGGAUUGGGAAUACCCAGCAAACCGGGAUGGGAAACCUUAUGAUAAAGCAAACUUUGCUCAUCUUUGUAAGGAAACACGUGAAGCUUUUGACAACGAAGCUGCUACGACAGGGAGGGAGCGGUUAUUAUUUACAUCCGCUGUUGGCGCGGGGCGGAGUGUCAUAGACACUGCUUACGACGUCCCUGUGAUGGCACAAUACAUGGACUUUAUUUGUACAAUGACUUACGACCUGCAUGGAUCUUGGGAGUCAUUCACUGGUCUACAUACUGGACUCUACGCUUCAAACAAUGAUUCGGACAAAACUUUGAAUGUCGCAUCUGCAGCAGAAUACUGGCAUCAAAAAGGAGUACCCCGAGAGAAGUUAAUCAUUGGGCUGGGAACAUACGGCAGAAGCUUUACCUUGGUGGACACUUCUAAGCACUGGGUCGGUGCUCCAGCAUCGGGCGCUGGAAGAGCAGGGCCCUACACGAGAGAGAAAGGCUUUCUGUCUUACUAUGAGAUUUGUGAGAUGCAGAGGAGUGGCCAAGGUACCACAUACAGAGACCCGGUAGCCAAAGUUCCGUAUUUUGUGAAUCCAAGUACAAAACUGUGGGUUGGUUUUGACGACAAGACCAGUAUCUAUACAAAGGUCACAGAUCUCAUCAUCAAAGGUGGCUAUGGAGGAGCCAUGAUAUGGUCUCUCCCACUGGAUGAUUUUAAAGGCACAAUAUGUGGGGAGGGAAAAUACCCACUGAUUUCUUUGAUGAAGGAGACACUGGAGGCAGCCGAGGAGGGAGGACCAGUGGGUCCCACAGUGGGGCCGACGAACGGUCUUGUUAGCACUCAGUCACCGUCUGUAACCACCUCCAAGGGAGGUGAAUCAGGUCCAUCAAAAUACAAGGUAGUUUGUUAUUACACCAACUGGUCCCAGUACAGGAAUGGUGCUGGCAAAUUCUUCCCCAAGGACAUUGACCCUCAACUCUGCACACACAUUAUAUAUGCCUUCGGAAAAUUGGUGGGGAACAAGAUCACCAACUUUGAAUGGAACGACAAUGACCAAUAUAACAACUUGUAUGCACAGGUGAAUGCUCAUAAACAGCAAAAUCCUAAACUGAAAACAUUGCUGGCAAUGGGGGGAUGGACAGCCGGAAGUCUGAUUUACUCAAACAUGGCGUCUACAGCGCAAAAUCGGAAAGAGUUCAUUGAUUCUGCUAUUUCGUGGUUGCGAAUGUACAACUUUGAUGGUCUCGAUAUGGAUUGGGAAUACCCAGCAAACCGUGAUGGGAAACCUUAUGAUAAAGCAAACUUUGCCCAUCUUUGUAAGGAAACACGUGAAGCUUUUGACAACGAAGCUGCUACGACAGGGAGGGAGCGGUUAUUAUUUACAUCCGCUGUUGGUGCGGGGCGGAGUGUCAUAGACACUGCUUACGACGUCCCUGUGAUGGCACAAUACAUGGACUUUAUUUGUACAAUGACUUACGACCUGCAUGGAUCUUGGGAGUCAUUCACUGGUCUACAUACUGGACUCUACGCUUCAAACAAUGAUUCGGACAAAACUUUGAAUGUCGCAUCUGCAGCAGAAUACUGGCAUCAAAAAGGAGUACCCCGAGAGAAGUUGAUCAUUGGGCUGGGAACAUACGGCAGAAGCUUUACCUUGGUGGACGCUUCUAAGCACUGGGUCGGUGCUCCAGCAUCGGGCGCUGGAAGAUCAGGGCCCUACACGGGAGAGAAAGGCUUUCUGUCUUACUAUGAGAUUUGUGAGAUGCAGAAGAGUGGCCAAGGUACCACAUACAGAGACCCGGUAGCCAAAGUUCCGUAUUUCGUAAAUCCAAGUACAAAACUGUGGGUUGGUUUUGACGACAAGACCAGUAUCUAUACAAAGGUCACAGAUCUCAUCAUCAAAGGUGGCUAUGGAGGAGCCAUGAUAUGGUCUCUCGCCCUCGAUGACUUUAGGGGUACAAUAUGUGGGGAGGGAAAAUACCCACUGAUUUCUUUGAUGAAGGAGACACUGGAGGCAGCCGAGGAGGGCGGACCCACAGUGGGGCCGACGAACGGUCUUGUUAGCACUCAGUCACCGUCUGUAACCACCUCCAAGGGAGGUGAAUCAGGUCCAUCAAAAUACAAGGUAGUUUGUUAUUACACCAACUGGUCCCAGUACAGAAACGGUGCCGGCAAAUUCUUCCCCAAGGACAUUGACCCUCAAUUGUGCACACACAUCAUCUAUGCCUUCGGAAAAUUAGUGGGGAACACGAUCACCAACUUUGAAUGGAACGACAACGACGAAUAUAACAACUUAUAUGCACAGGUGAAUGCUCAUAAACAACAAAAUCCUAAACUGAAAACGUUGCUGGCAAUGGGGGGAUGGACAGCCGGAAGUCUGAUUUACUCAAACAUGGCGUCGACAGCGCAAAAUCGGAAAGAGUUCAUUGAUUCUUCUAUUGCAUGGUUACGAAAAUACAACUUUGAUGGUCUCGAUAUGGAUUGGGAAUACCCAGCAAACCGGGAUGGGAAACCUUAUGAUAAAGCAAACUUUGCUCAUCUUUGUAAGGAAACACGUGAAGCUUUUGACAACGAAGCUGCUACGACAGGGAAGGAGCGGUUAUUAUUUACAUCCGCUGUUGGCGCGGGGCGGAGUGUCAUAGACACUGCUUACGACGUCCCUGUGAUGGCUCAAUACAUGGACUUUAUUUGUACAAUGACUUACGACCUGCAUGGAUCUUGGGAGUCAUUCACUGGUCUACAUACUGGACUCUACGCUUCAAACAAUGAUUCGGACAAAACUUUGAAUGUUGCAUCUGCAGCAGAAUACUGGCAUCAGAAAGGAGUACCCCGAGAGAAGUUAAUCAUUGGGCUGGGAACAUACGGCAGAAGUUUUACCUUGGUGGACACUUCUAAACACUGGGUCGGUGCUCCAGCAUCGGGCGCUGGAAGAGCAGGGCCCUACACGAGAGAGAAAGGCUUUCUGUCUUACUAUGAGAUUUGUGAGAUGCAGAAGAGUGGCCAAGGUACCACAUACAGAGACCCGGUAGCCAAAGUUCCGUAUUUCGUGAAUCCAAGUACAAAACUGUGGGUUGGUUUUGACGACAAGACCAGUAUCUAUACAAAGGUCACAGAUCUCAUCAUCAAAGAUGGCUAUGGAGGAGCCAUGAUAUGGUCUCUCCCCCUCGAUGACUUUAGGGGUACAAUGUGUGGGGAGGGGAAAUACCCACUGAUUUCUUUGAUGAAGGAGACACUGGAGGCAGCCGAGGAGGGAGGACCAGUAGACUCCACUGGAGGUCCCACAGUGGGGCCGACGAACGGUCCUGUUAGCACUCAGUCACCGUCUGUAACCACCUCCAAGGAAGGUGGAUCAGAUGUGGACUGUAGCAUUUCUUCCGACGGAUUUUAUAGAUACCCGACAGAUUGUUCUAAAUUCAUUCAUUGUGCGAGUGGACAAUUAUACCUGAAUGACUGCCCGCCAGGUCUAAAUUUUAACCCCAAAAUUAGCCAGUGUGACUGGCCUGCCUAUGUGGACUGUUCCCCACCAGCUAUUAGCGUGGCUGAAUCUAUUUCCACAACACAAGCCACUUCAGCAGAAAAAUCAACAUUUUCAUCAAACAACUCGCUAGCAAACAAUCCAGCGAAAUACAAGCUGGUAUGUUACUACACCAACUGGUCCCAGUACAGAAACGGUGCCGGCAAAUUCUUCCCCAAGGACAUUGACCCUCAACUGUGCACACACAUUAUAUAUGCCUUCGGAAAAUUGGUGGGGAACAAGAUCACCAACUUUGAAUGGAACGACAAUGACCAAUAUAACAACUUGUAUGCACAGGUGAAUGCUCAUAAGCAGCAAAAUCCAAGACUGAAAACAUUGCUGGCAAUGGGGGGAUGGACAGCCGGAAGUCUGGCUUACUCAAACAUGGCGUCUACAGCGCAAAAUCGGAAAGAGUUUAUUGAUUCUGCUAUUUCGUGGUUGCGAAUGUACGACUUUGAUGGUCUCGAUAUGGAUUGGGAAUACCCAGCAAACCGGGAUGGGAAACCUUAUGAUAAAGCAAACUUUGCCCAUCUUUGUAAGGAGACACGUGAGGCAUUUGACAAGGAAGCUGCUACCACAGGAAGAGAGCGGUUAUUAUUUACAUCCGCUGUUGGCGCGGGGCGGAGUGUCAUAGACACUGCUUACGACGUCCCAGUGAUGGCUCAAUACAUGGACUUUAUUUGUUUAAUGACUUACGACCUGCAUGGAUCUUGGGAAUCAGUUACUGGUCUACAUACUGGACUCUAUGCUUCAAACAAUGAUUCGGACAAAACUUUGAAUGUUGCAUUUGCUGCAAAUUAUUGGCAUCAGAAAGGAGUACCCCGAGAAAAGUUAAUCAUUGGGCUGGGAACCUAUGGCAGAAGUUUCACCCUGGUGGACGCGUCUAACCACGGGGUCGGUGCUCCAGUAUCGGGCGCUGGAAAAGCAGGUCCCUACACGAGAGAGAAAGGCUUUCUGUCAUACUAUGAGAUUUGUGAGAUGCAGAAGAGUGGUCAGGGUACUACAUACAGAGACAUGGUAGCCAAAGUCCCGUAUUUUGUGAAUCCAAGUACAAAACUGUGGGUUGGAUUUGAUGACAAGGAGAGUCUGUACACAAAGGUAACAGAACUCGUCAUCAAAGGUGGCUAUGGAGGAGCCAUGAUCUGGUCCCUUCCCUUGGAUGAUUUUAAAGGUACAAUGUGUGAUGAUGGAAAAUACCCACUGAUUACUUUAAUCAAGAUGGAGCUGAAGCGAGCUGAAUUGGAAGGACCUGUGAGACAGACGAACAGUUCUGUUACCAUAAAACCACCGUCUGUAACCACAGCAGGGAAAGCCGGAUCAAGUUCAUCGGAAUACAAACUGGUAUGUUACUACACUAACUGGUCCCAGUACAGAAACGGUGCCGGCAAAUUCUUCCCCAAGGACAUUGACCCUCAACUGUGCACACACAUCAUCUAUGCCUUCGGAAAAUUGGUGGGGAACAAGAUCACCAACUUUGAAUGGAACGACAAUGACCAAUAUAACAACUUGUAUGCACAGGUGAAUGCUCAUAAACAACAAAAUCCUAAACUGAAAACAUUGCUGGCAAUGGGGGGAUGGACAGCCGGAAGUCUGGCUUACUCAAACAUGGCAUCGACAGCGCAAAAUCGGAAAGAGUUCAUUGAUUCUUCUAUUGCGUGGUUACGAAUGUACGACUUUGAUGGUCUCGAUAUGGAUUGGGAAUACCCAGCAAACCGGGAUGGGAAACCUUAUGAUAAAGCAAACUUUGCUCAUCUUUGUAAGGAGAUACGUGAAGCAUUUGACAACGAAGCUGCUACCACGGGAAAGGAGCGGUUAUUAUUUACAGCCGCUGUUGGCGCUGGACGGAGUGUCAUAGACACUGCUUACGACGUCCCAGUGAUGGCACAAUACAUGGACUUUAUUUGUACAAUGACUUACGACCUGCAUGGAUCUUGGGAGUCUUUCACUGGUCUACAUACUGGACUCUACGCUUCAAACAAUGAUUCGGACAAAACUUUGAAUGUUGCAUUUGCAGCUAAUUAUUGGCAUCAGAAAGGAGUACCCCGGGAAAAGUUGAUCAUUGGGCUGGGAACCUAUGGCAGAAGUUUCACUCUGGUGGACGCGUCUAACCACGGGGUCGGUGCUCCAGCAUCGGGCGCUGGAAGUGCAGGUCCCUACACGAGAGAGAAAGGCUUUCUGUCUUACUAUGAGAUUUGUGAGAUGCAGAAGAGUGGUCAGGGUACUACAUACAGAGACCCGGUAGCCAAAGUUCCGUAUUAUGUAAAUCCAAAUACAAAAUUGUGGGUUGGAUUUGACGACAAAGAGAGUCUUCAGAAAAAGAUUACAGAACUCAUCAACAAAGAUGGCUAUGGAGGAGCCAUGAUCUGGUCUCUCCCUCUGGAUGAUUUCAAAGGUACAAUCUGCGGGGAGGGAAAAUACCCACUGAUUUCUUUGAUUAAGGAGGAGCUGCAGAAAGCCCCUUUGGAAGGACCUGUGAGAUCGACCAGCAGUCCAGUUACCAUCAAACCAACGUCUGUAACAACCACAAAGGGCGUCGAAUCAGAUCCAGCGAAAUACAAGCUGGUAUGUUACUACACCAACUGGUCCCAGUACAGAAACGGUGCCGGCAAAUUCUUCCCCAAGGACAUUGAACCUCAACUGUGCACACACAUCAUCUAUGCCUUCGGAAAAUUGGUGGGGAACAAGAUCACCAACUUUGAAUGGAACGACAACGACGAAUAUAACAACUUGUAUGCACAGGUGAAUGCUCAUAAACAACAAAAUCCUAAACUGAAAACAUUGCUGGCAAUGGGAGGAUGGACAGCCGGAAGCCUGGCUUACUCAAACAUGGCGUCUACAGCGCAAAAUCGGAAAGAGUUCAUUGAUUCUGCUAUUUCGUGGUUACGGAAAUACAACUUUGAUGGCCUCGAUAUGGAUUGGGAAUACCCAGCAAACCGGGAUGGGAAACCUUAUGAUAAAGCAAACUUUGCUCAUCUUUGUAAGGAAACACGUGAAGCAUUUGACAAGGAAGCUGCUACCACAGGGAGGGAGCGGUUAUUAUUUACAGCCGCUGUUGGCGCAGGGCAGAGUGUCAUAGACACUGCUUACGACGUCCCAGUGAUGGCAAAAUACAUGGACUUUAUUUGUACAAUGACGUACGACCUGCAUGGAUCUUGGGAGUCAUUCACUGGUCUACAUACUGGACUCUACGCCUCGAACAAUGAUUCGGAUAAAACUUUGAAUGUUGCAUCUGCAGCAGAAUACUGGCAUCAGAAAGGAGCACCUCGAGAGAAAUUGAUCAUUGGGCUGGGAACCUAUGGCAGAAGUUUCACCCUGUUGGACGCGUCUAACCACGGGGUCGGUGCUCCAGCAUCGGACGCUGGAGCAGCAGGGCCGUACACAGGAGAAAAGGGCUUUCUCUCUUAUUAUGAGAUUUGUGAGAUGCAGAAGAGUGGCCAAGGUACUACAUACAGAGACCCAGUAGCCAAAGUUCCGUAUUUUGUGAAUCCAAGUACGAAACUGUGGGUUGGUUUUGACGACAAGACCAGUAUCUAUACAAAGAUCACAGAUCUCAUCGUCAAAGAUGGCUAUGGAGGAGCCAUGACAUGGGCCCUUCCGCUGGAUGACUUUAAAGGUACAAUCUGUGGGGAUGGAAAAUAUCCACUGAUUUCUUUGAUGAAGAAGACACUGGAAGCAGCUGGUGGAGGAGGACCUGUGAACCCACCAUCAACUAACCAACCUGUCACCAACGCCCCUACAACAGCUGGCCCUACUAAUGCCCCUUCCACAGCAGGCCCUACCGUGGCACCGACAAACGGUCCUGUUACCACCCAGUCACCAUUCGUAACCACCACAGGGGGAGGCGGAUCAGUGGAUAUCAUUUGCGCAAGAAGUUCACAUGGAUUUGUGUUUCCCAAUGUGUAUGAUUGUACAAGUUUUUAUCAGUGUGUGUAUGGAAAGGCUGUUAAAAUGUCCUGUCAAUCCGGUCUUUACUUCAAUCCCACAACCGAGUCAUGUGACUGGCCCUCAAAUGUUAAAUGUAUCCAAAUCACGACGACCACGCCCACGACACCCACACCUGCCACAGACUUGUGUCCUUAUGAUGGGGCUAUAAGAGACGCUCGUGAUUGUUCUCGGUACUAUCUCUGCUGGGAUGGAGUUAUCAUAAGGUUAUCUAAGAAAUGUCCUACUGGAGAGCUGUUCAGUAACACAUAUAAAGUCUGUGAUCGUGCAGAUAAGGUUAACUGUAAUGACAGUCCAUCAUCUACUGCAUCUCCAACAACAAAAGGACCAUCAACAACAAAACAACCAUCAACAACAAAACAACCAUCAACAACAAAACAAUCAUCAACAACAAAAGAACCAUCAACAACAAAACAACCAACUACAACAACAAAACCAACAACAACAACAACAACAAAACAACCAACUACAACAAAACAACCAUCAACAACAAAACCAACAACAACAACCAAGGCAACGACUGCCCCCUCUACUGCAUCGCCGACAACUCAGAAACCAAUCACUGUGGCUCCCUCUACACAAGCACCUGUACCAGAGAACCCGUGCAUUAAUGGUGGUAGCGCUCAACUUCAUCCCUAUCCUCCCGACUGCACUAAAUACAUUCAAUGUGUGCAUGGGUUUCCAAUCACCAGGCCAUGUAACUAUCCACUACAUUUCUCCCUGGCGUUUCGCACCUGUACUUGGUCAUAUCUAGCUAAUUGUCAGUAGACUUUAUGAAUGUGACAUACAUUUUGAUUAAUAAAGUUACAGUCAAAUAAU